UUCGCCUCAGUCGCGCAUCAAAUCUUGCAAACGUCGGGACAAACAAAACAGCAUCAAAUUCAUAAAUUCAUUAAUCAAACAAUAUGGAGUCAACAAUGCUGAAAGGCAUCAUCAUAAUGCUGCUGCUGUCCGUUGCAAUUACAGCUGAACAAGAAACAAGGCAGCAGCCGCCAUAUAGACCACUGUCGCCCAGCUACAGCUUCCAGCCAAAGUUCUGCAGCGACACCUACAGUGGACGGCAGCUGUACGUGGGCGAGAUGUACACACGCCCCGGCCAAUGUGUUCGUGUGCAAUGCCUGGGCACACUGCAGCUGUGGGAGGACAGCUGCAAAUCGCCGGCCGGCCUAAAGGGCAACUGCAUUGUACUGCCGCAAAUGGAAAGCAAUCUCGAGUAUCCCAAAUGUUGUCCCUUCUACGAGUGCAAGACGUACGAGUCCAAUGCCCAGGGCGAGGUGGAGACUACCAAUACUUACGAACACACUGGCUAUUUGCGCAGAUCCUACGUCACCGAACUGAUCCGCAUCAACAAGGAGCCAGGUGAAACCACGGUAAUCACGGGGCCAGCGCGCAAAUAUCAGUUGUAAGGCAGCAUACAACUGCGUGCGUUUGUGUAUUUAUGUAAUUAGUUCGUAAUUAGUAUUGUAUUGUAAUGUAUUGUUUGAGUGGCCGUGCAAUUUGUGUGUGCAAUAUACGAGAAUUAUUUGCAAAAACUUGAA